AUGUGCCCGGUGCUCAUGCAUCGGCUAUUGAUGUUCCUUGCUGAUGCCAAUAUUAAGGGCGUGAACGUGGUUGGCCCCAAGGGUCUCACGCACUACAUGGCGUCUAUGCGCAAUUAUCUCUGGCGUGUUUCCAUGUCUCUAUCUCUUACUGAAGUCCCAUCCGAGCCCGUCUUCAGCGAAUCAAAUGCACCGGAGCCUGUAUACCAAGACGAGAGCAUCACGCUAUACGCCGUGCCUAUACACAUAUCGCCUGGUAGUUUAGAGGGAUUUUCGUCUGGCCAUUUCAAAAGGAAACGGUCGCCUUCGCCUUCGUCUCCCUCUAAGCGGCUGCAGGUGGAUAGUUCUUCGGAGAUUGAGCAAAUCCCAGUCUCUCUAGCUACCACAAUACAGCGUCCGGACUUUUCUCCAUUAGCCUUGCUCGGAGCCCAGGCUGAGGAAUGGCGCAGGCUCACGAUCGAGAACAUGUUCCCGUACAAAACACGUCCAUCUGUACCCGGUCCGUCGAAAAAAGAACGCCGAGAUCAGAAACAACAGAAUAAGCAGAGUAAAGCACAAAAAGAUACAGCUGCAGAGGACCAGGAUUUGGAGAGGAUUGAUAAUAUACCACCCUCGCCGCCAAAAUACAAUCAAGCGCUUCCCUUCAAGGAACGGCGGUUACCCCCAUUCUCGUACUCGGACAGCGGCAAGGGAUCGAAAGCGGCACUGUGCUAUGUACUAGUCGGACCCCGUGCGCGAGGGAAAUUCGACGUCGCCAAAUCUGAAGCGCUUGGAGUCCCGAGCGGCCCCCUACGAGGCAAGCUCACGAAGGGUCUUUCAGUCACGUUCACCGUAGCAGACGAGAACGGAAACAAAGUAGAACGCGUCGUGAGGCCCGAGGACUGCAUAGGACCGACUGAAAAGCCUCAGGUCAUGCUCUUGUUGGAUGUACCAACACCGGACCAUAUACCGGAGUUGAUCGCAUCAUUUACUGAAAACCCGUUUUAUGCGCGAUUCAGGUCCAAAUUGGAGAAAGACUGGGACGACUACGGCGUACACCUGGUCUUUCAUCUAUGUGGACUCGGCGUGCUUGAGGACGAGAGAUACAAAGCGUUCAUGAGAGGCUUCGCGGAUGGAGCCCACCAUCUCGUUUCGUCGCGCGAACAUGCCGCAGACCCAGCGACAUUCACUAGCGCCGCGUAUACCCAGCUUCGACUGAAUCAGCUCGAUGCAGAAAUGUUUCCAGUGCCAUAUAUCAGCGCGAGCCCACGACGGCCUCUCACAUCAAUAUCUGGUUUGCCUCCCAAAACAGAGCUCCUCCUUUCUAAUCGCCUAAUCGAAAUGCGUCCUCCUAGUGAACCUCGUCACGACGAGCAGGCACAAUCCUACGACCACUUCCACCCUGCAAUCGAGCAGAUUCCUUCACUCAAUCUACCUUCUGCUGUCUUUCAGAGCUUUGCCGCAGCCAAGGCGAGAGUAAGCCGGUCCUCGCGAGCGGGGGCUUCUAUGCCGAAACCGGGAGACGAUGUCGAGAUCACUCCGCUGGGAACCAGCAGCGCGUUACCGAGCAAGUAUCGGAACGUCUCGAGUACUCUUGUGCGAAUUCCAAAAUGUGGAAGUAUUCUGCUCGACAGCGGUGAAGGCACAUGGGGACAGCUUGCACGCAUGUUCGGCGACGAUGUCGACCGACGCUCAACGGGGGUGUGGGAGGUCUUGCGCGAUCUCAAGUGUAUCUUCCUUAGUCAUAUGCACGGAGAUCACCAUAUUGGCUUGUCUAAGAUCCUGGCCAUGCGAUCGAUGAUGAAUCCCUCUCCCAGUGAACCUUUGUAUGUUGUUGGCUUACGAAGUACAAUUCUGUACCUACAGGAGCAGUGUGAGCUAGAGGACCUUGGUCUUGGUAACGAGGAGAAUGGUGUCGUCCCGAUACUGGCUGAUGCGCUGAAUUGGCGGAGUCCUCGUGGGUACGCUGCAGCGGGCAAAGAUGAUGAGCCUUUCAUGAAUGGGGAAACAUCGCGGCGUACUGCUGCAAGCAUGUGUCUCGCGUUGGGUCUGGAGAGCUUCACGACAGUAGACGUCGCGCAUAAAACUAGAUGUUACGGGGCAGUGAUCAAACAUCGAGAUGGCUGGAGCAUUGUCUACUCGGCAGACACAACACCCACAAAUAAUCUGGUGCGAGCUGGCCAGAACGCUACGCUGUUGAUCCAUGAAGCAACCAUGGCAGACGACCAGGAAGAGAUGGCGCGUGACAAAGCCCAUAGUACAUGUGGACAAGCCAUUACCAUCGCCAAAAGAAUGAACGCGGAGAAACUCCUGCUCACCCACUUCUCCGCACGCUACCCGAAGAUGCCUCGCGUUGAACGGAGCCCACCGGGCAGCCCAUCGUCGGCCCGCCCACGGGGUCCGCUCCUCGCACUCGCAUUCGACCACGCAAGGUUCAAGAUCGCAGACAUGUGGAAGCUCAAUACAUAUCUCCCCGCGAUCGAACGCAACUUUACAGAAACAGCAGCAGAAGAAGGUGAUGUAGAGCAGGACGAUAACACUGGAGUAUCGUGGUAG